CUUAUUCAUUAUCAUCAUGGCCUCCGAAAACAAAAAAGCCUUGGUCUUUUCUAUUCUUGAUUUUCUUCAAAAGUCGUGCGAAGAUGGUACCAUCGGGCAAGAUGAAGCUGAAGGCGUCGAAGUGGCCAUGCAAUGUAUAGGUGAAGCAUUUGGUGUGGAUCCCACCGAUGCUGCCCAGAAAGAAGCUUACAGCACCAAACCUGCCACUUUGUUGUCUAUUUUCGAAGUGUAUUUGAAGACCAAGUCCAAGUCAAAGGGUCAGACGGCUGCAUCCUCGUCUACUGCCUCUUCCGCUCCUGCUUCUGCUGAACCUGUUAAGGAAUUGUCUGAAGAAGACAUCAAGAAAGCCGACGAAUUGAAAUCCGCCGGUAACCGCAAGGUGGCUGAGCGCAACUAUCCUGAAGCCAUCAAACUCUAUACGGAAGCCAUUGCCAUCAAUGGCUCGCAGGCUGUUUACUAUGCUAACCGUGCUGCUGCUUACAGCCAGCAGGGAGAUCAUGACAAGGCGGUGGAUGAUGCAAAGAAAGCCGUGGAAAUUGAUCCCAAGUAUAGCAAAGGUUACAGCCGAUUAGGCCAUGCUCUGUUUUGCCAAAAGAAGUUCGAUGAAGCUGUGGCAGCUUAUGAAAAGGGCUUGGCUUUGGAUCCCAACAACACCACGAUUCAGAAUUCUUUGAUGACAGCCAAGGCCAAGGCUAGUAACACAAGCAUGGAACGAUCAAUUCCUGAAGUCGGAGAAACUCCUCGUUCGGCAGGCGGUAUGCCUGAUCUUGGUUCCUUGUUGAACAACCCGGCUUUGAUGACCAUGGCCCAGCAAAUGAUGCAAUCGGGCGCUUUGGAUAACUUGAUGAACAAUCCCGACGUGGCAAGAAUGGCUCAGCAAAUGAUGGGUGGUGGCGGCGGUGGACUGGCCGAAAUGAUGAGAAACCCUGAAAUGAUGGAUAUGGCACGUCAAUUCAUGGGUGGUAACAACAGCGGCAACAACAACAGCAACAGUAAUAAUCCGAGUAACAAUCAGUAAUUGGAAAUAAUGGAUUUUGUGAAUAAAUUUGGAUUGUGUAUCAGCAGU